UGGUGCGCAGACGCAGAGGCGCUACAGCGGGGAGCUGAGUUGGACGUCUUCCUUUCUGCUAUUUGGAAGGAGCAGCACGCUGAAGCAGCUGGAGCUCAGGAACAACACAAAACCUCUCAAACAACCUCUAAGACGUCAUGAUCCGGAUAGCCGCCUUCCUCGCGCUGCUGGUGGUCGCCUGCUCAGGAGAGAGCUGCACGGAUCCAGUCAUCACUCCGUCGGCCUACACCACCUCUGACGCCGUCAUCUCAUCAGAGUCCGUCUUCAUCGUUGAACUCAGCCUGACCUGCGCCAACGGAGCACAGAGCGUAACACUGUAUGCUGAUGUCAAUGGAAGACAGUUCCCUGUAACCAGGGGGCAGGAUGUUGGAAAGUACCAGGUGUCCUGGAGCCUCCCUCACAAGCAGGCGACCUCUGGAACAUAUCAGGUCAAAUUCUUUGAUGAGGAGUCCUAUAGUGCCCUGCGCAAGGCCCAGAGAAACAAUGAAGAUGUAAAUGCCAUUCAGCCUCUCUUCUCUGUCAACAUUGACCACAGGGGUGCAUGGAGUGGCCCAUGGGUGUCUACUGAAGUGGUGGCUGCCCUCAUUGGUAUCCUGGUCUACUACUUGGCCUUCAGCGCAAAGAGCACCAUCCAAGCAUAAAAGGAUCCAGAAUUGCUUUUUAAAUAGUGGAUCAUUAAAGACUGAUUUCUGAUGGGGCUCAAUCGAUGAUCCAUCAUCCAGUGUUGGGACAACCCAACAGGAUUUUGCCACUUGAUCUGCUUUGGGGGCAAAGGAGCAAAAGUAGCAGUCUUUGUAUUUUUUUUUUUUUUUAUAUUCAGACUGUGUCUGUGUACUUUCGGUCUUAUCAAUGUAAAGAUGAAUUUUGGCACAAGAUUGACCUCUUAGUAUGGGUGGAAUUUUGUAACAGUUUCUUUCUUUGGAGAUACCAGACCAAUAAACCUGGACUUUACAAAUAAAGAAAUCAAACAGAGCUCA